ACACUUUUUUACACCAACUACUUUCUUUUCUCUCUCUCUCUUUCUCUUUCUCUUUCUUUCUCAAGCUUAUCCCUCACCACCACUUGUUCUAUCUUCUUCUUCUUCUUCUAGCCAUCAAAACCAUAAUCAUCCAUCAACAUGAACAACGGUGGUGAACAUCACACCGCUAUUGAAACACAGUACAUAAGAAGACAUCACAAACAUGAUUUAAGAGACAAUCAGUGUUCCUCUGCUCUUGUUAAACACAUCAAAGCCCCUGUUCAUCUUGUUUGGUCUUUGGUUAGAAGAUUUGAUCAGCCACAGAAAUAUAAACCAUUUGUUAGCAGAUGUAUUAUGCAAGGUGAUCUUGGCAUUGGAAGUGUUAGAGAAGUGAAUGUUAAAUCUGGUCUUCCAGCUACAACUAGUACUGAGAGGUUGGAACAGCUUGAUGAUGAAGAACAUAUUCUCGGUAUCAGAAUUGUUGGUGGUGAUCAUAGGCUCAGGAAUUAUUCUUCCAUAAUCACUGUGCAUCCGGAGGUUAUUGAUGGAAGACCAGGAACAAUGGUGAUUGAAUCAUUUGUCGUGGACGUGCCUGAAGGGAACACGAAAGAUGAAACGUGUUACUUUGUAGAGGCGUUGAUCAGGUGCAAUUUGAGUUCUUUAGCUGAUGUCUCGGAGAGGAUGGCCGUGCAGGGUCGAACCGAUCCUAUCAAUAUCAAUCAAUAAGAAUGUAUAAAGGGAGAAAGAAGUCGAGUUUCGCCAUACAAAAUUUAUGAUCCUUUGAUUUCUGAUCCCAAGUCUUCCAAGUGUGGAGUAUGGUUGGAAAUAUGAAUUUUAUUCCUUCCUGUGUUCCUCAGAAGUUUUGGAUGUUUUAUUUUUCUUCUCUUAUCAUGGACACAUUCUCCUCCCCAAACCAUAUCCCUACAACUUUUUUAGCUGUGUGUUCUUGUUUCGAAAACUGAAGUUAGGAUCCUCUCGGUGAUUGUUCGGUCAGCGGAGAGGAUCUCAACUCUAGUUUCUGUAUGAGAAUCUAGAUUUCAUAAGCAGAAGUGAGUUUGGGAAUGGAAAAGUUGUUUCUUUUACCUGUUAAA